CUCUGUGUGCUUUUCUGGGUGGAGACUGAGGUCCUCCUCCCAAAAACAGUCAGAGACAGACAACACUAAGUCAGCUUCACCACUACCAGCUGCAUAAUUGCAGGCCUUAAAACCUGAAAAUUAUUUUUGCUUUGUUAGUUUUAAGCGCCGUACACAUACUGUACAGUAGACUGGAUCCGUUUGUUAUCGUUACAAAUCAAGUAAUAGUAUCGUUUUCUAUCCAGAGAGAUGAGUCAGGCGGAGCAGGUGCCUGAGGACAUGCCUGCAUACCUCAAAGAUGAGCCAGAAGUUACAGACAACAACAAGGACCACCCACAGACACAGCCGGGCAUGUUCGGCAGGUUGGCGGGGGGCGUGUACGGUGUCACCAAGGGAGCUUUAGGAGCGACGGUGGGCGGCGUGACCUGGAUAGGAGGAAAGGGUCUGGACCUUACCAAGACCGCGGUCACCUCUGUAGCCGCCGUGCCUGCCAUGGGAGUGGGGCUGGUUAAAGGAGGAGUGUGCGCUGUAGCUGGAGGAGUGAGCGCUGUCGGUUCUGCAGUGGUCAGCAAAGUUCCCAUAGGAGGAGGCAAAAAGAAGGACAAGUCUGACUGAUGGGGUGAGGAGGAGAGUGAACACACACAGCUGAGUUGUAUGAGCUCACACUGUGUUUGCCUGUUUUAGGGUUUAUGAGCAGGAAAAGACCAAAAAAGGACUUAAAAGUUCAGUGUACACAUUUUGGUGUGGGGUCUCAGCUUCAUUUAUUUCUUUAGUUAGUUUGUUUUUGUUUAUGUGAUUGUUGGUGAACCCACAUUCAUACAGUUACGUGGCAAGGACCUGCAAAGCAAGAACCAACAAAGACUCUCAGACUGUUGUUAGAGGAAAACACACCAGAUUAUAACUACCUGUCUGUGUUUCAUGUUUUAUAAUAAGCCACAACACUGUUUUGACUGUAAACUGUUGUACCUGUCGCAUUAGCUAACCUUAGCACAGGAAGAGAACAGCUCAGAGUGUAAAUGCACUCAACUUUCACUUGCAAGACAAUCACUGAUCAAUGACGAUAUAUAACUGACACGAGGUGUUUCUUGGUGAUUGGGAAUAUUUCACCGUCAACUGACAAACACUUCAGUUAAUCACCUUUAAGACCUUUAAAUAAGUCUGAUCAAAGAUGCUUGAUGUUUCAUAUCUAAAUUGCCCGCUGGCUGUGGACUGUGGAUAUUUUACCUGUGUAUUGUUGCGACAGUUUUAGUUUUCCUCUGAAUUCAUAUUUCUCUCUGGAAGUUAUAUUGUCAGCUCAGUGGAAGGCAACUCCUACUUUUGAGAUAGUGUCCAGUUUAUUACAAGAAGUAUUGUGUCAUAAUAUUUAAAAAGUAGAAGAUUUUGGUUGUAAUGAACUUUUUAUUUCCAGUUACAGUGUUAAUUGAAUCACUGUGACUGUGCUUGUUGAGUUUAAGUUCAUUCACUAACAUUGUACACGUUACACUUCCUUUGACUAACUACAUUUUGAUACUUGCUGUGACAUGUCUGUUAAUGUCGCACUCAGAUCGAGGUAUGUUAACAUGUUCCCUUGGAAAAAUAAAUCUGCCACAGAAGCUUGAUAAUGGCAUAAAUCUCUGCUACUGUACCAAAGACAUUUUGUUCUCAACCCUAACGUUUCUCCAGUGCUCCUCCAUGUUCCUUAGGGUGACCGUGUUUAUUGUUGUAGCAAUCUGAUGGCUGGAUUUCUUGACAAUACAGUCUGAAUUUCAAGUGUCAAGUACAUUUUAAGCUGACAAACAUGUAAAGGCAGAUUUAAGAAAAAUUAACAUUAACUGUAAAAUGCUAUUCAAGUUGUGAUGGAUGAUGUAGAUUAUGUUUUAUCAGUGUUGCUGAAUGUUUGGAAGUUUGCUUAACAGUGAGCAUUUAUAAAGAAAAAAUGUCAAUAUUACUUUCAGAACUUGUCUAAAUAAAACACAUGCUGAAUGUUGUGUAA